GUUACAUUUCUUCCUGUGAUGAAAUGGAAGAGCAACGACCCCAUUUUCAUGCAUUCCUCCUUUGCUCUUCUACAACAGCGGUUCAAGCAAUUGCAGAGAAUUAAGAAAAUGCAAAAAGAAAGAGAGUACUUGAGAAUGCUCUCCGAAUCCAAACAAGUCAAUCCAACCAAUCGCUAUGAUCCCUCCAGAUUUUUCAAUG